CUAUGAAUUCAGCAGCAUCAUGGAUGGAUGGGAAAUCUGUCAGCUGUUGGCAGCUUCUUAUGUUCAAAUUUGUUAACAUGAUGAUGGAUAUUGGUGUGACCAGGCAACUUGAUUUUCAAGAUUUAGUUCCAUUGCCUUGUGAGCUUAAGCCUUCUUUAUGUCAUACUGCAUUAUUGGAUUGCUGGAAAGCUGAGAUGAAUAAGCAUUACUCCGAUCCGUCGCUGUUUAGAGCUAUGUACCAUGCAUAUGGUUGGCCUUAUUUGCGUCUAGGUUUGCUAAAGGCAUUAAAUGAUGGUGUUGGCUUUAUUGGUCCAUUGCUCCUUAACAAACUUAUUAGGUUUCUUCAGCAAGGUUCUGGUAGUAUGGAUGGAUAUAUUCUCGCAGUAUCCUUGGGUUUUACGUCCAUCAUAAAGUCCUUUCUUGAUACACAAUACUCUUUUCGUCUAAUGAAAUUAAAGUUGAUGAUGAGAUCAAGUAUAAUGACAUUGAUUUACCACAAGUGCCUACAUAUUAGUCUGGCUGAAUGUUCAACAUUUUCUGAAGGUGAAGUUCAAACUUUCAUGUCUGUAGAUGCAGAUCGGACAGUUAACUUAAGUAACAGCAUUCAUGAUGCAUGGAGCUUGCCUUUACAGAUAGGCGUGGCUCUAUUUCUUUUGUAUACGCAGGUCAGUUUUGCGUUCAUAUCAGGACUCACGAUAACUGUGUUGCUUAUACCAGUGAAUAAAUGGAUCUCUACAUUGAUUGCAAGUGCGACAGAGAAAAUGAUGAAACAAAAGGAUGAGAGAAUCAGAAGUGCUGGAGAACUUUUAACAUACAUCCGGACAUUGAAAAUGUAUAGCUGGGAGCUAUUAUUUACCCAACGUUUGAUGGAAAGAAGAAAAAUGGAAGUGAAACACCUCUCAACUCGGAAAUACUUGGAUGCAUGGUGUGUGUUUUUCUGGGCAACAACCCCAACACUGUUCUCCUUGUUUACUUUUGGAGUCUUCGUAUUAAUGGGGCAUCCAUUAGAUGCUGCUACAGUUUUUACCUGUGUUGCACUUUUCAAUACAUUGAUUUCUCCUUUAAAUUCGUUUCCCUGGGUGAUUAAUGGAUUGAUAGAUGCUAUAAUUUCUACUAGGCGACUGAGCAGAUUUUUGUCCUGCCCUGAGAAAAGUUCUGAAAUUAAAAGGGCAUCUAUCUGGGAACUACAAGGACAUGAUCCUCUGCCUUGUUUUUUAAGGAAUCUGACAUGUAGUAAAGAGCACGCAGCUAUUCUCUUUAAAGAUGCAUCUUCCGUGUGGUCUAGCAGCUCAAAAGUGGAAAAGAGCACUGUUCUGAAUAACAUUUCUGUGGAAAUUCCAAAUGGCCUCUUUGUUGCUGUAAUUGGCGAGGUUGGUUCAGGCAAGUCAUCUUUGUUAUGUUCUGUUUUGGGUGAAAUGAGACUCAUUCAGGGGUUCAUUCUUUCCCAUGGGUCAAUAGCAUAUGUGCCACAGGUUCCAUGGAUCCUUUCAGGUUCAGUGCGCGAUAACAUUUUGCUUGGAGAUAAUUUUGACACUAUAAGAUACAGAAAAGUAUUACAGGCAUGUGCACUUGAUGUUGAUAUUUCACUGAUGACUGGGGGUGAUCUUGCAUAUAUUGGAGAAAAAGGAGUCAACUUAUCUGGUGGACAGAGAAGCCGUCUUGCCUUAGCAAGGGCUGUCUACAGUGACUCCGAUGUUUACUUGCUUGAUGACAUACUUAGUGCAGUUGAUUCUCAAGUCGCAUCCUGGAUUCUGCAUAGAACUAUAUUAGGCCCUCUAAUGAACCGAAAGACACGGAUUCUAUGCACUCAUAAUCCUCAGGCAAUUUCUGCUGCAGAUAUGAUACUGAUCAUGGACAAAGGACAUAUAAAGUGGGUUGGGAAUUUAUCCAGUUUUAUAGAAUCUCCACAUUCAAAAAUUUCUCUACCCAAAGAUUCAGACUUCUCAUCAUUACAAUUAUUACUGAAAGAAAGAAAGGGAAGUGCUUCUGAUGAAAUUAUGUUUAUGCCUUCGGUAGACAACGAACUUAUAGCUGCUUCAGUGGAUGCAAACAAAAGUGCUGAUAUGGAAGAGUCAAGGAAAGAAGGCAGAGUCGAACUUGCUGUUUAUAAAAGUUAUGCCAAGUUUGCCAGCUGGCCUGUUGUUAUUCUUAUAUGUAUCUCAGCAUCUUUUAUGCAAGCAUCCCGAAAUGGUAAUGACCUAUGGUUAUCUCAUUGGGUUGAUGCCACUGCUGGAACUGAGCACACAAGAUUUUAUUUGCUUGUGCUCUCCAUCUUUGGUUUUAUGAAUUCUCUUUUCACCUUAGCAAGGGCAUUCUCAUUCUCAUAUGGUGGUCUACGUGCUGCAGUCGAGGUGCAUGCUGAGCUUCUAAGUAAGCUGGUUAAUGCACCUGUAUAUUUCUUUGACCAAAACCCCAGUGGAAGGAUUCUUAAUAGAUUAUCAUCAGAUUUGUAUGCUAUUGACGAUUCUCUUCCAUUUAUUCUCAAUAUUCUCCUAGCCAAUUUCUUUAGCUUGCUGGGUAUCGCAGUAGUUUUAUCAUAUUCACAGAUCAUUUUUUUGCUUCUGUUAGUUCCUCUGAGUUAUAUAUAUAGAAAACUGCAGUUCUAUUACAGGUGCACUUCACGUGAGCUACGGAGACUAGACAGUGUUUCACGCUCACCUAUAUAUUCAUCUUUCACAGAAACAUUGGAUGGCUCAUGUACUAUAAGGGCAUUUAAGAAAGAGGAAAUAUUUAUGGCCAGAUUCCUGGAACAUGUUCGGUUGUAUCAGCAAACCUCGUAUUCUGAGCAAACAGCAAGUUUGUGGCUUUCUUUGCGCCUCCAAUUAUUGGCAGCAUCCAUUAUUUUAUUUAUUGGUGUGAUGGCUGUCAUUGGUUCCAGACAUGAUUUUCCACUGAGCCUUGGUACUCCUGGUUUGGUAGGAUUGGCCCUAUCUUAUGCAGCACCAAUAGUUUCAUUGUUGAGCAGCUUUCUUACCAGUUUUACUGAGACAGAAAAGGAAAUGGUUUCUGUUGAGAGAGUUGUUGAGUACAUGGAUAUUCCACAAGAAAGACUUCAAGCAUCCCAAGCUCUGCUUCCAGAUUGGCCAAUGCAAGGACAGAUUGAAUUCGAACAUGUCACCCUUCGAUAUAAACCAUCAUUGCCAGCUGCUUUACAUGAUCUUUCUUUCAGUAUUGCAUCAGGCAUGCAGGUUGGAAUUGUUGGGAGAACAGGUGCUGGAAAGUCUAGCAUACUUAAUGCACUUUUCCGCCUUACACCCAUCUGUAAUGGAUGCAUACUGGUAGAUGGUCUUGACAUUGCUGACAUUGCUGCUAGAGAGCUUCGUGGGCGUUUUGCGGUAGUUCCUCAGAGCCCAUUCUUAUUUGAAGGUUCUCUAAGGGAAAAUCUAGAUCCUUCUUGUAUGACUCCUGAUUUCAAAAUCUGGGAAGUUCUUGAAAAAUGCCAUAUCAAAGAAGAAGUAGAAACAGCUGGUGGACUUGACAUCAUUGUUAAAGAAAAUGGAACAUCAUUUUCAGUUGGCCAACGGCAGCUUAUAUGCCUUGCACGUGCAAUCAUUAAAUCCUCCAAGGUACUUUGCUUGGAUGAAUGCACAGCAAAUGUUGACACUCAAACAGCACUGAUUCUACAAAGUACAAUCUCCAAUGAGUGCAAGGGCACAACCGUUGUCACAAUAGCACAUCGCAUUUCUACAGUAUUGAACAUGGACCUUAUCUUAGUGCUUGAUCAUGGGAUUCUGGUUGAACAAGGAAAUCCUCGAGAUCUUGUCAAAGAUGAAUGCUCCAGAUUUUCAAGCUUUGUCAAAGCAUCUACCAUGUAAGCAAGACAUGCAAGCUGAAUGAUGCAGGACAUGAGAAUUUAUGGAAGCGCAGGUGAUGCAGCUUGCAGGGCCCAGAGUCUUCAGACCUUCAUUAUAUAUAAUCAGUCAAACAAACAAAGCUUCAUCUUGGACAUGAAAAGAGGAGGAGAAUUAAUUCGAUGCAUGGGCCAAGUCAAUUUCUGUCAAAUCAAGAGACAGACAUUGGCACAUCACAUCCUCCUCCCUAUUUUCUAGUUUUCACUCGGUGAGGAAUUUGAUGAAGUCUAAUUAAUGUAUGUUUCAUAAUAUCUUAUCUUAAAGAUUUUGAUUAGAUGACCAAUAAACCCAAAAGUUUUAAGAAUGAGUCAACAAUAUAUGAUUCAAAUCAAUUGGUGUUUUUGGUA